GUAAACCGAGAAGGGAUUUACUCCAAAGAGGCAGGACGAGACCGUAGUUUACUCUGCAUCGAGCGGCUGCGAGGUUGCAAUGAAACUGCGGUAAACAAACUCACCGGUAAGACCCAGUGUGCUCAGAUUUCAGUGUUCUGGAGCAGUGCUCAGAAAUAUCCGCGGUGCAGCGUGGUUCUGUAUGAAUACGGCGAGAGCGAGCUCACAUGCAGUGUUGAAUGAACGGGAUUUAGAGCUGUAAAGAACUGCAGUGCUUCAGAGUUGCAUACACCUCACAUUUACGGUGCAGAGUUGUUGGUGACCCUUAAGCCGUCAGGAUGGUGGCGCUGUCUCUGAAGAUCUGUGUGAGGCAGUGUAAUGUGGUGAAGACCAUGCAGUUUGAGCCCUCAACGGCUGUAUAUGACGCAUGCCGGGUCAUCAGAGAGAGGGUUCCAGAAGCCCAGACAGGACAAGCUUCAGAAUAUGGGCUGUUUCUGUCAGACGAAGACCCUAGGAAAGGCAUCUGGCUAGAAGGAGGCCGGACGCUGGAUUAUUACAUGCUGAGAAAUGGAGACAUAUUGGAGUAUAAGAAAAAACAGAGGCCUCAGAAGGUAAAAAUGCUGGACGGAGCUGUUAAGACCAUCAUGGUGGACGAUUCUAAAACUGUUGGCGAGCUGCUGGUCACCAUCUGCAGCAGAAUAGGAAUCACCAACUAUGAAGAGUACUCUCUCAUUCAGGAAACUGUGGAGGAGAAGAAAGAUGAAGGGACAGGCACACUGAAGAAAGACAGAACUCUGCUAAGAGAGGAGAGGAAGAUGGAGAAGCUCAAAGCCAAACUGCACACAGAUGAUGACUUGAAUUGGUUGGAUCAUGGCCGUACAUUUAGGGAACAGGGAGUCGAGGAAAGUGAAACAUUACUUUUGAGACGAAAGUUCUUCUACUCCGAUCAAAACGUGGACUCGCGAGAUCCUGUGCAGCUCAAUCUGCUCUACGUGCAGGCACGUGAUGACAUUCUGAACGGUUCUCAUCCGGUGUCGUUUGACAAGGCUUGUGAGUUUGGGGGAAUUCAAACGCAGAUCCAGUUCGGUCCUCAUAUUGAACAUAAACACAAGACUGGAUUUCUGGACUUGAAGGAGUUUCUGCCUAAGGAAUAUAUCAAACAGAGAGGAGCGGAGAAGAAGAUCUUUCAGGAACACAAGGGUUGUGGUGAAAUGACUGAGAUUGAAGCCAAAGUGAAGUAUGUGAAGCUUGCAAGAUCCCUCAGAACAUAUGGAGUGUCUUUCUUCUUGGUGAAGGAAAAAAUGAAAAGUAAAAAUAAGCUGGUGCCAAGGCUACUGGGUGUAACCAAAGAGUCAGUGAUGCGAGUGGAUGAGAAGACCAAAGACGUGGUUCAGGAGUGGCCUCUUACUACAGUGAAGAGAUGGGCCGCCUCACCCAAGAGCUUUACACUGGAUUUCGGGGAGUAUCAGGAAAGCUACUACUCUGUUCAAACCACUGAGGGGGAGCAGAUUUCUCAGCUUAUAGCUGGUUACAUCGAUAUCAUUCUCAAGAAGAAACAAAGUAAGGACCGGUUUGGUUUAGAGGGAGAUGAGGAGGCCACCAUGUUAGAGGAAUCCGUUUCUCCAAAAAAAUCAACUAUAUUGCAGCAGCAGUUUAACCGUGUGGGACGGGUCGAGCAUGGCUCUGUGGCACUGCCUGGCAUCUUGAGGUCUGGUUCUGUUGGGGCAGAAACGCUGAACAUGGGUACAAUGCCUGCUCCACAACAACAGAUCACAACUGGACAGAUGCAUCUUGGACACAUGCCACCACUGAGUGCAGCCCAGCAGGCUCUCGUGGGAACCAUUAACACCAGUAUGCAGGCGGUGCAGCAGGCGCAGGACGACCUGGAGGAGGUGGAGGAGCUGCCACCACUUGGGGAUGACAUGGCUUCUAAGAUGUGGAUUCAGAACAAAAUGGACGAGUCCAAGCAUGACAUUCACUCUCAGGUGGAUGCCAUCACAGCUGGAACUGCCUCUGUGGUCAAUCUGACUGCCGGUGACCCAACAGACACGGAUUACACUGCAGUGGGCUGUGCCAUCACCACCAUUUCCUCAAAUCUGACAGAGAUGUCGAAGGGAGUGAAGCUGCUGGCGGCUCUGAUGGAGGAUGAGGUUGGCAGUGGGCAUGAUCUGAUGAGAGCUGCCAGGACCCUAACCGGAGCCGUUUCUGACCUGCUCAAAGCUGUCGAGCCCACGUCAGGAGAGCCUCGACAGACUGUUCUGACUGCAGCUGGCAGCAUCGGUCAGGCCAGUGGAGAUCUGCUCAGACAGAUUGGAGAGAAUGAAACCGAUGAGCGCUUCCAGGAUGUGCUGAUGAACUUGGCAAAAGCUGUGGCCAAUGCAGCAGCUAUGAUGGUUCUAAAGGCCAAGAACGUGGCGCAGGUUUCUGAAGACAGCGUGAUGCAGAACAGGGUUAUCGCUGCUGCCACCCAGUGUGCCCUUUCCACUUCACAACUAGUGGCCUGUGCCAAGGUUGUGAGCCCCACGAUCAGCUCUCCGGUAUGUCAGGAGCAGCUGAUUGAAGCAGGGAAACUGGUGGAUCGUUCGGUUGAAGGUUGUGUGAAGGCCUGUCUGUCGGCCACCAGCGAUGGAGAGCUCCUUAAGGCUGUCAGCGCAGCAGCCGGUAUUGUCACACAGGCUCUAAGUGACCUCCUCACACACGUCAGGAACUACGCUACCCGCGGAGAGCCCAUUGGACGCUACGACCAGGCCACAGACACCAUCAUGAACGUCACAGAGAACAUCUUCAGCUCUAUGGGGGAUGCUGGUGAGAUGGUCCGGCAGGCGCGGGUUCUUGCCCAGGCGACCUCUGACCUUGUGAACGCCAUGAGAUCAGAUGCUGAGGUAGAGGUGGAUGUCAACAACUCCAAGAAGCUUCUUGCGGCUGCCAAACUGCUGGCAGAUGCCACUGCUCGAAUGGUUGAGGCUGCAAAGGGAGCCGCUGCAUACCCUGAAAACGAAGACCAGCAGCAGAAGUUGCGUGAGGCUGCAGAGGGUCUGCGUGUGGCCACCAAUGCUGCGGCACAGAACGCCAUUAAGAAGAAACUCAUAACAAGACUGGAGAAUGCUGCUAAACAGGCCGCUGCUGCUGCCACUCAAACCAUUGCGGCGUCCCAGAACGCAGCAGCUUCUAACAAAAACACAGCAGCCCACCAACAACUGGUUCAGAGCUGCAGGGCUGUAGCUGACCAUAUCCCUCAGCUGGUGCAGGGAGUGCGUGGCAGUCAGGGGCAGCCAGAGGAUGGAAGUGCACAGCUCGCUCUCAUCAUUGCCAGCAAGAACUUCCUUCAGCCUGGAAGUAAGAUGGUGUCUUCAGCAAAAUCCUCGGUGCCAACUGUGACUGAUCAGGCUGCAGCCAUGCAGCUGGGGCAGUGUGCGAAGAAUCUGGCCACCACCCUGGCUGAACUCCGCACCGCUGCACAGACGGCUCAUGAGGCUUGUGGCCCGAUGGAGAUCGACUCUGCCCUCAUCGCAGUUCAGACACUUAAGAAUGAACUCCAGGAUGCUAAAAUGGCUGCUUCUGAGGGACAGUUGAAACCUUUACCUGGAGAGUCCUUGGAAAAGUGCGCUCAGGAUCUGGGUGGUACAUCUAAGGCUGUUGGUUCCUCAAUGGCUCAACUGCUUACGUGUGCAGCACAGGGAAAUGAGCAUUACACUGGUGUAGCCGCUAGUGAAACAGCACAAGCACUGAAGACAUUAGCUCAGGCCGCAAGGGGUGUUGCUGCCACCACAUCAGAUCCCGCUGGAGCAGCUGCCAUGUUAGAUUCUGCUCGUGAGGUUAUGGAAGGAUCCGCUAAACUGAUUUCUGAAGCCAAGGAGGCGCUGGUUGCUCCUGGGGAUGCAGAAAUACAACAGAGACUUGCACAGGUUGCAAAAGCUGUGUCUCACUCGCUGAACGCAUGUGUGAACUGCUUACCUGGACAAAAGGAUGUCGAUAUGGCUCUAAAAAGCAUCGGAGAGGCCAGCAAGAAAUUGCUUGUUGAGACGCUCCCUCCGUGCAGUAAGAGCUUCCAGGAGGCUCAGAGUGACCUGAACCAGACCGCAGCCGAUCUGAACCAGUCUGCAGGAGAUGUGGUCCACGCCUCUCGAGGAACCACUACUCAACUCGCAGACGCUUCUGGAAAGUUCAGUGACAACUUUGAUGAGUUUCUGGAUGCUGGUAUUGAGAUGGCUGGCCAUACUCCGGGUAAGGAUGAUCAGUUGCAGGUAAUUGGAAAUUUGAAGAACAUCUCGAUGGCCUCUAGUAAGCUUCUGCUGGCAGCCAAGUCUUUAUCUGUAGACCCUGGAGCUGGCAACGCAAAGAACCUGCUCGCCGCCGCUGCUAGAUCUGUGACUGACAGCAUCAAUCAGCUGAUUACGAUGUGUACCCAGAAUGCCCCGGGACAGAGGGAAUGUGACAAUGCUUUAAGAGAGCUUGAGGCUGUUAGAGGACUGCUGGAUAACCCAAAUGAGCCGGUCAAUGAUCUCUCCUACUUUGACUGCAUUGAAAGUGUCAUGGAGAACUCUAAGGUACUUGGAGAGUCUAUGGCCGGGAUUUCUCACAACUGUAAAACAGGAGACGUUCCAGCAUUUGGAGACUGUGUUGGUGGAGCGUCUAAAGCUCUGUGUGGACUAACUGAAGCAGCUGGACAGGCUUCUUACCUAGUAGGUGUGUCUGAUCCCAGCAGCCAAGCUGGACAUCCAGGCUUAGUGGAUCCUAUCCAGUUUGCCCGUGCUAAUCAGGCAAUCCAGAUGGCUUGCCAAAAUCUUGUUGACCCAGAUAGUAGUCCAUCACAGGUGCUCUCAGCCGCCACUAUUGUUGCUAAGCACACCUCAGCACUUUGCAACGCUUGUCGACUUGCUUCCUCGAAGACUGCCAACCCUGUGGCAAAACGACAUUUCGUGCAGUCCGCCAAAGAAGUGGCAAACAGCACUGCCAACCUGGUCAAAACAAUCAAGGCAUUGGAUGGUGAUUUUUCAGAGGAAAACCGUGAGAAAUGCCGCAUUGCAACAGCUCCGCUCAUUGAAGCUGUUGACAAUUUGACAAUAUUUGCUUCUAAUCCAGAGUUUGCUAGUGUCCCAGCGCAGAUAAGUAGAGAGGGUUCUGCUGCACAGGAACCAAUCAUCCAAUCAGCACGCUCCAUGCUUGACAGCUCCACCCACCUUUUGAAGACAGCACGGUCAUUGGUUAUGAACCCGAAAGAUCCACCCACAUGGUCAUUACUGGCAGGUCAUUCACGCACUGUUUCCGACUCCAUUAAGAGCCUCAUCACAGCUAUCAGGGAUAAAGCCCCUGGCCAGAAAGAGUGUGACUCAGCCAUUGAUAAUAUCAAUAAAUGCAUCCGAGAUAUUGAGCAGGCCUCUCUUGCAGCAGUCAGCCAGAAUCUACCUCGUAGAGAUGAAGUUUCAUCUGAGGCUUUGCAGGAGCAGUUGACGUCAUCUGUUCAGGAGGUCGGUCACCUGAUUGAGCCAAUUACCACAGCAGCGAAAGGAGAGGCAGCACAGCUCGGACAUAAGGUCUCUCAGUUGGUCAGUUACUUCACUCCUCUGGUCUCAGCCUCUAUGGGCAUAGCCUCUAAAACUUUAGACCACCAGCAGCAGAUGAACCUUCUGGAUCAGACCAAGACCCUCGCCGAGUCUGCUCUACAAAUGCUCUACGCUGCCAAGGAGGGUGGUGGAAACCCAAAGGCGUCUCAUACUCAUGAUGCCAUAGCAGAAGCUGCGCAGUUAAUGAGGGAAGCUGUUGAUGACCUCCUGCUGACCCUGAAUGAAGCUGCUAGUGAGGUUGGCAUGGUCAGUGGCAUGGUGGACUCCAUUGCUGAUUCCAUGGGCAAGCUGGGUGAAGGCACCCCACCAGAGCCAGAAGGUUCAUUUGUGGAGUAUCAGACUACCAUGGUGAGAUACUCCAAAGCUAUUGCUGUCAGUGCCCAAGAGAUGAUCACGAAAUCAGUCAGUUCUCCAGAGGAUCUGUGCAGUUUGGCGUCUCAGGUCACUGCAGACUACAGUCAGCUUGCAGUUCAGGGUCGUCUGGCCUCUGCUACUGCUGAACCAGAGGAGAUCGGGUUCCAGAUCAAGACAAGUGUUCAGGAACUGGGCCACGGCUGCAUAGUGCUAGUUCAAAAGGCUGGAGCGCUGCAGAUCAGUCCUACAGACUCGUUCACCAAGAGGGAACUCAUUGAGUGUGCACGAGCCGUCACUGAGAAGGUGUCUAUGGUGCUGUCUGCGUUGCAAGCUGGUAAUAAAGGCACUCAAGCCUGUAUCACUGCGGCCAGUGCUGUAUCCGGCAUCAUCGCUGACCUGGACACCACCAUCAUGUUUGCUUCAGCUGGCACGCUCAACGCUGAGAAUGAUUCAGACUCCUUUGCCGAUCACAGAGAAAAUAUUCUGAAGACCGCCAAAGCUCUGGUUGAGGACACAAAGAACCUUGUUUCAGGUGCUGCGUCGAGUCAAGAAAAGCUGGCUCAGGCCGCCCAGUCCUCUGCCAAGACCAUCACGCAGCUUACAGAUGUGGUGAAACUGGGAGCUGCCAGUAUAGGUCCCGAUGACCCAGAAACACAGGUGGUGUUGAUCAAUGCAGUGAAGGACGUCGCUAAAGCUUUAGCUGAGCUCAUUAGCGCCACCAAGUGUGCAGCAGGAAAAGCAGCCGACGACCCGUCCAUGUUCCAGCUCAAGAGUGCAGCCAAGGUCAUGGUAACUAAUGUAACAUCCUUACUGAAAACCGUAAAAGCAGUGGAGGAUGAGGCUUCAAGAGGAACCAGAGCGCUGGAGGCCACUAUUGAGUGCAUCAGACAGGAGCUCACAAUGUUCCAGUCUAAAGAAACCCCAGAGAAGUCCAGCACUCCAGAAGAGUUCAUUCGCAUGACCAAGGGCAUCACCACGGCGACCGCCAAAGCUGUAGCCGCAGGAAACUCUGCCCGACAGGAGGACGUGAUCUCCACCGCCAACCUCAGUCGAAAGGUCAUAGCGGAUAUGCUGACAUCAUGCAAGCAAGCUGCAUUUAACGAGGAAGUGAGUGUGGAGGUCAGGAGCAGAGCUCUGUUAUACGGCACUGAAUGUACCAAUGGAUAUAUAGAUCUGCUAGAACACGUACUGCAGGUCUUACAAAAGCCGACAGGUGAUCAGAAGCAGAAGUUGGCGAUGUUCUCUAAAAAGGUUGCAGCAGCCGUCACUGAACUGAUUCAGACAGCCGAGGCCAUGAAAGACGAGGGUGUGUACAGCACUGAGUGGGUUGACCCUGAGGAUCCUACAGUCAUCGCAGAAACGGAGUUACUGGGAGCUGCGGCCUCAAUCGAAGCAGCAGCCAAAAAACUUGAGCAGCUUAAACCGAGAGCCAAGCCAAAGCAAGCUGACGAGAGUUUAGACUUUGAAGAGCAGAUUCUUGAAGCAGCCAAGUCAAUCGCUGCAGCGACCAGCGCUCUCGUCAAAUCAGCUUCAGCAGCUCAAAGAGAACUCGUAGCCCAGGGCAAGGUGGGAGCCAUUCCUGCUAAUGCUGUGGAUGAUGGUCAGUGGUCCCAAGGACUGAUAUCUGCUGCUCGAAUGGUUGCUGCAGCCACUAGUAACCUCUGUGAGGCUGCAAACGCGUCUGUCCAAGGCCACGCCAGUGAAGAAAAGCUCAUCUCUUCUGCAAAACAAGUGGCUGCUUCCACUGCACAGCUGCUGGUGGCAUGCAAAGUUAAAGCAGACCAAGAUUCAGAGGCUAUGAGGAGGCUACAGGCUGCAGGCAAUGCUGUGAAACGUGCCUCUGACAAUCUGGUUCGAGCAGCACAGAAAGCUGCUUUCAACAAGGCUGAUGACGACAAUGUGGUGGUCAAGACCAGGUUUGUUGGAGGAAUUGCACAGAUUAUUGCAGCUCAGGAGGAGAUGUUAAGGAAGGAGAGGGAGCUGGAAGAAGCCCGUAAGAAGCUGGCACAGAUCAGACAACAGCAGUACAAGUUCCUGCCAAGUGAACUCCGAGAGGAUGACGACUAAUCCGAAAUGUUGGCACCCUUGUGAUAAGCCUGCCCACCAUUUGGUUAUUACCGUCAGAACACAGAUGAAUUUCUCUUCGACUUAUAACUCAGUCCAUAUGACACCUACUGAACUGAUGAGGAGUCAUUGAUACAGUAGCCUGAAUUGUGAAUUUUUAAAUAUUUAAACUCUUGAAGAGCAUUAAAAACAUCGAUCAUCAGUGAAUGUUUUCCACCAAGCCCUCAUGAAGAACCUCUGAAUUUCUGGCAUGAUCCUGAACUUGAAAUUGUUGUGCAUGAAGAGAAAAGAGGGAUUACACUUGCAGAAACGGAGACGAAUGAAACGGACCCUCUGUUUGAUAGCCGUCAAUGAAAUAAAGCAUUUUUAGAGGUUUCAGACUAGAAACCUGAUCCUAGAAAAAAGCCUUUUGAACUCCAGUUGAAUGUUUAACGUGUACAUUUGUAAUGGUGAGAUACAUUUUAUACGCUUCACUUUCCUUGCUUCAAAGUUCACAAAUGAAAUAUAUUUAUGUAGACAACGAAAUGUGCAAUGUGAAAGAAAACCACUCAGAGUUUUACGUCUGACACGGAUCCACUCCAUCGAAAAGUUAUUUUUGAGAAUGUACCAGAUGUGGUGUUUCAUGGAGAAUCAGAAGACUGUACUAACCUUUAAAAAUACUGUGGAAGUUCCUUUAAACACUUAAAGGAGAACUUCAUCCUAAAAAUAAAUAUAUUAUUUACUCAUCCUCAAGGCAUCUAAGAUCUUACAUUCAGAUAUGUACAAUAGGAGUUAUGGUGAAUAAUAUCCUGUCUCUUUCAAGUUUUACAAUAGCAGUGAAUAGUGCCUGAGCUUUUAAAGCUGCAAAGAGUGCAUCAAUCCAUCAAUAAAGUAAUACAUAUAACUGUAAUGGGUAAGCAAAUAACUUCUGGAGUGAAUAAUUGGGUUUUGUAAGGAAAAAUAUCCAUAUAAAUAAAUUAUAUAUAUAUAUAUGUAUACUUUAUAAACUAAGAUAUACUUUAUAAAACUUUUUAGAUAUUUUUCUUAUAAAAAUCCAUUUGUUCACUUCAGAAGGCAUUCAUUAACUUACUGGAGUCAUACGGACUACUUUAUUGAUGGAUACAUGCACUUUUUGGAGCUUUAAAAUCUUGGGAACCAUUCACUGCCAUUGCAAAGUUGGUAAGAGGAUAUUAUAAACUUAAAACUCCAGUUUGAAAGAAGGAAGCCAUGUAUAUUUUUGAUGGCUCGAGGAUGCAUAAAUUCUCAAAUCCUUCAUUUUUGGAUGAACUAUACCUUUAAAUCUCAAACUGACCUUAUGUCAUAGCAAAAAAACAAACAAACAUUUCUUAAACUCAAAUACUGAAUGUAUGCGUUCAAUAAUAAUGUCUAUGGACACUAGAAUAUGCUUUCAGAAGAACAGGGCUGAAUGAAUGUGUUGCACUUCACUUUAUGUUGAAAAGGUGAUUAAUUUGCCAUCUAGUGCAUGAAGAUGACUAUUGAGGAGUCUACAAUUCUGGGAAAGACCUCAGUGAGUCCAUGUUUAAAAAAAAAAAUGAAAGGAAGAAAAACUGGUGACUGUUUGUUUUGGGGUUUGCUGGUUGUAAAAGCUUUUGCAUUUAAAGCAGAGAAGGGAAGUUAUAAAUGUAAAGUGUAUGGUUAUAUGGAAGAGCAAUUUAACUUAAAAAUAAAGGUUUUCAAAUAUGUUCA